AUGGAAAAAGUGAGACUUUUAGACCCAAAAAUUUCUUCCCUCAGACAAGAAAGGCUCAAACUUGAAAGAAAAGCGAAACUUCGAGAAGCCCAUGACAUGCAGAACUCAGUUCUCCGCACCAGGACUAUAGAAAAUGAAAUAAAAAUAUUACAAAAACAGCAAGACUCUGCAUAUUCCCGCAAUCAAAAAGUAAUUAUGGAGGUUUUAAACUCAAUAAACCAAUUUAGUGAGCAGACAAGUGCCAGUGCUUUGAAAAAAUCAAGGGAAAGGCUAAAUACCGCAAAACAGCAAUUUGGCGAAAUGGUCACCGCGCAUUAUCCACAAUGGGCUGAAGCUGUAAAAGAUCCUAUUGAGUUUGAAAAACAGAAGUAUAUGAAAUCAUUUGAAGACCUGAAAAAGAGAAAAAGCAUAUCUGAAGAUGAUUUUAAAAAAAAAUUGGAUGCUCAUAAUUUGAUAUUACAAACACAAGAAGAGUAUGUAAAAGAACUGAAAAAUGACUAUGCGAUGAGCUUGCAGAGAGAAAAAAUUUUAGAAGAUGCAUAUAUACAGGAAGAGCAGAGGAAAAUUUUUAUGAGUAAGCUGCAGAGCUCGAUUUAUAAGGAUAUUGAAGAUAGAAGAAGACAAACAGCUGAAAAUAUAAAAUUCGCGAGAGAAGUAGCGGAAAAAAGCUUUACGAUGGAAACGGUAGAGAUUCAAGAUGCAAAAGAGCUUUGGAGACCUUCAACUUCUCCAGCUAUGAAUUUUGAUGAAAAUAAAGAAAGACUGACAACACCUAAUGCACAUUUGCCUCAAGAAUUUUCACUGAGAAGGGAUAACCAAAUGAGGCCAGUCACUCCUGAGUAUACUUCGUCUUCUGGGCAGGAUUCUAAUAAUGCGUUAUAUGAAUUCCAGCAGAUUAUCAUGAAUAAAAAGGCUCAACCACCCCAGCAGGCACCUCAACAGCCUCCUCAGCAGCUGCCACAGCCAUCUCAGCAGCCUCCACAAGACACUUUAAGCAUCCCUCAGCCCAAACCUGAAGAAGGCCAAGGCGGCGCACGAACUUUUACUUUUGGGCAAGCUGAAAGAAACACCAAAGUCCCUGAAGAGCGGCCAAUUCCUGACAGAAGACCUCCAUCAAUUCCUAUACAGACCCCACCUCAGCACGGAUAUGAAAAUAUUCCUCUAGAAAUUUCCUCACCUUUGCACCCUUCUUUACCUAAAGGAGAUUCUAUUGAAGGGAUACCUAUUUUGUCGUCAGAUGAGCGGCCUUCAUCUCCUAUAAAGCCACAAGAAAACCCUUAUGAAAGACCUGCGUCUCCUGUGAAAAAGCAAGAUAUCUAUAAAUAUGACCCUAAUUUAGAUAUUGGCAGUGAACAUAAUAGGAUAGGGUCUAUAGGAAGCAAUAAAAAUGAAGAAAAAGUCAAUAGAAGUGGGCCCAGUAGUAAAAAUGAGCCUGAGACUAAAGCUUUUAGUCAAAUUGCAAAUAAAUUCGAAGUUGAUGAUGGAGAUGUCGACCUAAACCCAUAUAGCAAAGGGCAAAAUAGAUCUAGAAGAGGAAGCCAAGAUAAUAGUCCUUCACAAGGGUAUAAACAAAAUGAGCCUGAGCCUAGGCCAGCUCAGAAGCCUCAACAAUACCAAACAAUAAAAGAUCCAUCCCCUCGAGGAGUGCCAAUUGAAUCCCAAGACCAAAUCCCUGUAGUCGUCAAAAGCAAAAAUCAGUAUGAGCCUGAUAAAUAUCAGCAAGAAGUCCAACAAAAAUCCAAGCCAUCCCCAAUACCACUUACAGUCUCAGAUCAGGGAAAAGCCAAGCCUCCAUCAGGAACCCAGCAAGUAAUUGACGUUGAUGUUCAGCCCCCAGCAUUAAUUUUAAAAAAUAAAAAUCCAGAACAAGCUCAAAAAGUCCCAGUAAUCAAGGCAGGUUCAAUCCAUACAGAAGAAGAGAGCGAGUUUGAAAUUUAUACGCUAAAAACUGACUCCUCAAGGCUAUCACCAAGAAAUAUGGAAAAUCCUUAUCAGACACCACAACAUAACCAAGUAGAAGUGCAACAGAAUUAUAAUAAGCCGGUAGAAGUCCAACAAAAUAGACCUGCCCAGCAAGCAAGACCUGUAGAAGUUCAACAAAAUAAGCCAAUUGAUGUACAGCAAAUUCCAUAUCAAAAUAAGCCAAAUGAAAAACUCCCGCCGAAGCCAGAAUCAAAAACUCAAAAAGAAGGUGCCAAAAAUCAAAUUCCAAGCUCAAUUUCUCAAAAUACCUUAGGAAAAAUCCCUGAAAUUGACAUAGAAGCUAGCUUAGAAGACUCAGGGCAGCUUGACAACCCUUAUUUAUCAAACUUUUCAGAGAAGAAACCUGCAGAACGUCAGCGCUCUAUAAGUGUCCACACUUCUCAGCCUUCAUUUGAAGAGCUCAAAAAGGAAAAACCCAGUCUGUCACCAAUCAGAGAAAAUGAUAAUUCCCUAAAUUCCUCACAUGGUUCCCGCAAAAAUUUAAUGAGCAUUACAAGCCCACAAGGAGUUUCCCCAAGACCUGAGCCAAUGUCUCCUACUCAAUCUGAAAGAUCCAGCGUAUGGAAUUCUGAGCCAAUAAAACUAAUAGAAAAUCCUACCUUAAACAGUGUUCCUAUCCUGCAAAGAAUUUCUAUGAUAGACGAACUUAUAAGAUACGCCAAAGAAAAGCUCAUAAAACUCGGCAGAAAAAUCACCGCCUUCACAGAAGAAAUUUCUAUGCCAGUCUUAGAAGGAUUAUGCAAUACAUAUAUGAGGCAAAACAAUCGUCUCAACGUGAAGUCUAUAGAAGAGCUUAUUGGGUUUAUCCUAGCCUUAGCAAGAUUUGUGCCUGAGCCGUUUUUGGCUCCAGAGCUUGCAAGAUCAAGAGGGAACUUUACAGAAGAAAUGAUAUUAAUGAAGCUUCAUGACCAAUAUGACAAUAUUUAUAGGUCAAUUAAGGAGUUUUUAUCGGAUUCUAUUAGGAAUGAUUGGAUUGAGGAAAACUUGGCAGCCAUGCUCUUUACUGAUGUAUUAUUAAAUUACAAGACUUCUGGCAGGCAGUUUAAGAGAUGCCAAGGGCUGAUUAAGACUAUACUAAACCCAGCUUUAUCAAGACCUGCUUCAUCAAUUUUGAAUAGAUCUACGGAUUCAGAUAGACCAAAGAGCUCUAGCUUUAUAUCAGGUAGCUCUUCACAUUUUAAGCAGGCGAGAACUUCGUCAGGUGCAGCUCCUUCGUCAGUACAUUCUAGCAUUGAUCAGUUCCAAGAAGUGGCUGAUCUUGACUUUUAA